AUGGGAGACGACCAAGAUGAUGUCUUUGUGUACGAUGGCACCUCCAAGCCUCCCAAAGACGUGGAGCGUAUCAAAAUUGACGCCUCUUUGAAAGCGAUACCCCAUGGAUUGUUUGAUUCUUAUGACGAACUCGUCGAGGUGGAUUUCAGCGAGGCCAUGGCGCUGGAAUCCAUUGGAAACUCGGCUUUCGCAAAUUGCGAUAGUCUGAAAGAAAUGCACCUGUCACCAAACGUGAAAACAAUCGGAAAGAAGGCCUUUGAGAACUGCUAUGCAGUGACAACCAUGACAUUUGGCGAUUCUUUGGAAUUCAUUGGAGAGUCUGCCUUUGUCGAGUGCAUGGAACUUACAGAAGCCAUUUUCCCUUCUACCUUGACGGUGAUUGAGAAAAAGGCCUUUGAAGGCUGUGAAAAACUGAAGCAAGCGGAUUUCUCAAAGGUUGGUUCUAUGGAACGAAUGGAAGAAUCAGUCUUCGCCCGUUGUUCCAUGAUGAAGGAAACAACACUACCGACCACCACUUCUGGACCGGUUGGAAUUGAGAACUUUGUAUACACUGGUGAAGGACAAAAGAUCCCACAAUAUGUCCUCUCUGUGAAAGUUGAUUUAUCGGUUGUCAAAAUUGACGACGGUGCGUUCGAAGAGUGUCAACACUUGAGAGAAGUCGAUUUCAGUGAAGCCAUCCUAUUGGAAGAGAUUGGCACAAAAGCCUUUAUGCAUUGUAAUGCCUUGAAAGAGUUGAUCGCCCCGCAGAGUUUGACCAAGUUGGGUAACGAGGCAUUCAGCACCUGUGGUCAGCUUUUGAAUGUUGACUUGAGCCAAUCUAUUUCUCUGACUCGGAUCCCAACGGACUGCUUUUACGAAUGCAAGAUGCUAAAAAAAGCCAAACUACCACCAGGCGUAAAGAUUAUCGCCAAGAAUGCCUUUGGAUACUGCGAGUCACUUGAUGACUUGGAUCUCUACGGAGCCAAAGAACUCAAGUUUCUUGGAGAAUAUUGCUUUGAUUCCUGUCAAAUUGGCGAUGUUAAAUUUCCACCAAAACUGGACAAGGUCGGCUACGGUGCUUUUAGUGGAAAUAAAAUGAAGACUAUGAAUAUGAGCGAGGCGCUGAUGCUCCAAACACUCCCUGAUUCCCUUUGCUACGAUUGCAAAAGUCUGACAUCUGUGCACAUGCCGCCCAAUCUAGAAGUGAUAUCCGAAGACACAUUCUCAGGCUGCAAGUUAUUAGCGGACAUCCAUUUUCCAAAGACAGCAGUGCUCAAAACAAUCAUGAAUACAGCCUUCGCCAAAUGCGCUUCUCUUUUGACCAUCGAGAUACCACGGACUGUCACAAACUUUGGAACUGAUGUUUUCCAGGAAUGUUCCAUGCUGAUAUCCAUUGAUAUCGCAGGAGACAACCUAGCGCUUGCAAUUCGACUAGUAACACUCUAUCCAGUCGAAGCAUUUGGCUUGGAAGAAAAGAUGGAGCAAAUGUAUUCGUUGAGUCCCAUCAAAGAUUCCGAGCUGCUGACCAAUGAAAGUGCUGAAUCAAAAAGACUCCAAGCUGUCAAAGAAGCUUACGUCGACUCGAUCAUUGAGAAAUCAUCCAGCCGACCUGCGCCAGUUCGUAAGCAGCAUGGAUGGGUUCAAUUCCUUGCCAAUCAUGUCGGAAACGAUGCUAAAGAAAGCGAGAAACUCAUUUCGUUCAUCAAGGCAACCGAUUUGACCAUAGUCCGAGUCUUAGCAAAUGCAAAGGAUUUGGAUGGCCGUUUGGCAAUGAAAUUUGCCAAGUCUCACAUCCGUUCUGUCUUUGAAGAGAGGCUCCUCUUUCUUGGACGGUACGAUCUUGCUUCGGGUCCACCAAUUCACAAGUCUGCAACUUGUAUAGUAGUUAAAGCGGAGGACACCAAAAUGAGUCAAUAUUACGGGGCCGAAUUUGACAAGUAUAGCGGGGGCGAUGAUGAUAAUCCAGACGAGUUGAGCCGAGAGCAAUUUCAAGAAGCGCUGAAGGAUCUGCUGGUAGUUUCGAACGAUUCUGAAAUCAUCCAAGAUUAUGUCACAAGGGUGGAUGUAGAUAAUGAUGGAUCGAUCUCUAGGCCAGAAUUUGUUCACUUCUGCUUGGAAGAGUUUGGGAAAACUAUAGUUCUAAAGUUUAUGCGAAGGCAAGACCAGUAUUUGCGAGAAAUAAGGGGGCGGGACGAGAAGGAGUUGGACAAGAGAUUUGUUGUUGGAGUCAUUGGAAAUCAUGACGAGAACAACAGCAGUGGACUUGUAUCCGCGUUGGGCGGCUUUCUACGAUCGCAUCUAUCCGAGUCAGACGUUCCGGAGGAAUACAAGCACGUGAUUGUUAUGCCGUUCGGGGAUCGAAACUUGGAUACCAUCUUUCGAAGUGAGCGGCCAGAUACGACCACAGUCCGAACACUGGCAAAGGAAAUUGGAGAGGCGGUUGCAUACCUACACAAGCACGGAUUGUUACACGGGGAUUUGAAAAUGUUGAACGUCGUCCGCAUCAAUGGACACUUGGCAUUGAUCGACUUGGAUGCUUCUGCUCAGAUGGGUGAGGAUUUCGCUGGUGCAAAAUACUCGUCAGGUGUCCUUCCUCCUGAAAUGAUCUACCCGCUGGUCGACUUUGAGGAGAAGGAGAAAUACAUUUCAUACUUUAAGGAUGAGAACGAAGAAGAGCAGCGAAAGCGUGCUCCAAAGUUCAGUACAAGCCCUACGAUUCGAGGAUACGCUGUUAGAUCGUUCUUGGAGGAGGAGAUCGAGGAAACAUUUGUGCAUCCAGAGACUGGAAAGAUGGUCAGUCAAAGGAAAAGUGUGGCUCAAACCGAGAAGUUCUCGAUGUAUGACCUCGUUCUUGCGGAUAGUUCAUUCGAUGUCUGGUCUUUUGGGGUUCUCUUGUAUACGAUGUGCAGCAAGGAGCCUUUGUUCAGGGUGAACAAUGAUGACGAUAUCACUGAUGGUAAUUCGAUGCGGCAGUUGCAUCAUUGGGGAGAAUAUGAUGUUGAGACUGUUCUUGAAAGGAAUAUUCAAGAUAAUGCCGCAAAAGCAUUGUUGAAGAGAAUUCUUCAACGCGACCCAGAGAAGCGACCGUCGAUGGAGAAUAUUCUCAAGGAUGACUUCUUCCACCCGGGCAAGAAUGUUGGAUUAUCAGAAGAGCUGAGAGAAGAGAUACGCAAGACGCAAAGUCUUAUCCUUGAGAAUCGGCAAAUCAUGCAAAAUGGAUUUUCCAAGAUCCACGAAUCAUUAAGGCGAGUCACAAGCUAUCAAGAGGCAGCGAAUAGUCUGUUAAAAGAGAUAAUUGAAGGAGGGAAAUCACCAAAGUAUUUUGUGAUUCUUCCAGUGGCCGAAGAAGUCCAUCAAGAAAAACGUUUCUCCGGGUUUCUGUCAAAGAUGAAGAAAGCCACAAAUCCAAGCAACUUGCUCAAAACAAAGGCAAGGCUAUGUUUCAUCUGCCCAAUAUCGUUGGAGCCAGUUCUGGGAACUGAUGGUGAAGCGAUUGGGUAUGAUAUUGAUAUGCCUAGGGAUUGGAUCAAGAAAUAUGGACCUGCUAUUCUCAUCGGCCUGAAGAUUGUCCAGGUGGGACUGGCCAUUGGUCGUGGAUUCGGCCUCCCCCUGCCAUCAUUAAGUGGGGCGGAGGAAGAAUUGCUGGAGACUUCGGAUCUCUUUGCAGAGAUGCAAGGUCUGCUUGUUGACGAAAUGGGAGGCGAUGAAGAGGAGGAUGGCCUUGCUGAUAUCUUGCUGGAGAAUUUCACUGACCGAGUAGACAGCGACGCUUCGGCUGAAGGCCCUUCUGGUGACAUGACAGACAGCCAGAGAGCAAGGCUUCAAGAUUCGUAUGAUGGCAUUGGUUCGCUCAUUGACGACGAAGGAUUCAAGGAUUGUGGUCUUGUCCAGGCAUUCAGUAAGGAUGGAACGGAAUAUGUGCACCCAGACGUGGCGCCACUAUUUGAAGAGUUUGGAUCGAAAUGCUUUGAAAUGUCAAUAGAAGAAAUGGACAAGGCAAAAGCCAAAUUGGCUGCUAGAGCUCGAGAAGAAAACGGAGCUGCUGAAAAGAGAGUCUCGACCAAUGGAGAUGUUGAAAUAGAACCCGAGAUUGCCGUUUCUGAAGACGUCGAAAUGGAACCUGAGAUUGCCGUUUCCUUAGCACCACUGGCCGGUAGUCCUAAAAAAGAGAUCUCUGAACAGCAAAAAGAAGUAUGGACGAAUUCACUCAUGUCUACAAGCGCUGAUAGUGCAGUAAUAGCACACUUGGAAAACAUGAGUUCGAAGUUAACAAAGUUGGAAGGAUUGAACCAAAAGGUGGAGCAUAUUGACUUUACUAUCCAGCACAAGUUACAAGGGAUACCACAGGGAUCCACCAAUGUGGUUCACAAAGGCUGGUUAUGUAUCCGAAGCCGCCGAACUCCCCUUCUUUGGAACCAACGAUAUGUUGUGGUCUACAAAAAUGGCAGUAUUACACACUAUCCCAAUGGUGCUGCCGUCAAUGACUCAUCGGUUGCUGGUUCAACUUUUACUUCUGUCAAAUGGAUAGCUCUGAAAGAUGGUACCAUGAUGGAGCUAUGCUCUGAAGGCAAAGUUAUUGCCAAUGCCAAGCUCUCGAGGCGCAGUUCUAGUACCAUUGCCGACUGGCUUCAGGGAAACAUCUGGGUUUCGUCCGUCAAUUUGAAUCGCAAAGCAGCCGCAUCUCGAACCGAUGCCACUGGGAAUGUUAUCAAAAUAGAAACUGCUGGUGGCUGA